UGGAAGUCUUGGGGGAGAAUUGAAUACACGCGUAAGAAGCGGUGUUGCUAGCACCACAAUACAAAAGGCAGACAGGCACGCACGCACGCACGCACACACAAAACGCCCAUCCGCCCCUACACAAACGCACAGCCCAAAGCACACACACACACACACACACACAACGAGAAAAAAUUCAUCCAAGCUUAAAAGGUGGCCAAAAGUUAGAAAUUAUAACGAGUACUGCAAGGAGAAACUCAUCUUUGUUGCCGUCAUCCAUCAUAAAGGCUCACACGUCAUUUCAUCGAUUUGAUCGUGUUUGAUUCUUUGAGACAAUCUCGAUCUUAUAUUCGACAAAGUUCUCUUGGUUGUUGGUAAAUCGAUCGAUUCAUAUAACUUCAUUUAAUUAGGAGUGGAUCAACUAUCACACAUCUUGCCCAUCAUGUCAGGCAACGUACCUAUCUCACAAAGGAAUGCCGAUUUCACGGCACCUACACCGCAAAACACUCCUUUGAGCAACGCACCAAUCACGCGUGAAGCACUUUCUCGACCAACUGUUGGUACCAUUGGAGAAGAAAACGAAGAUGGAGCCGCCGCUGGUGCCGCUGCAGCCCUAAAAGCUAACCCUGCUUUGGCUGGUUUGAUCCAAAAUAAGCUCUCCGGAUUGGUAGGACGUUCAAGUGGAUAUAUCGAAUCUUUGCCAUCCCACUUGAAGAGAAGAGUGGAAGGCUUGAAAGGCAUUCACGUCGAUCACACAAAAAUCGAAGCAGAAUUCCAAAAGGAGAUCUUGGAAUUAGAGAAGAAGUAUGCAGAACGUUAUCGUCCUUUGUACGAAAGACGUGCAGCCAUCGUUCAAGGCAAACAAGAGCCAAGCAAAGAAGAAGUUUUGGCCGGAGAAGCAUCUCAUGAAGAUGACGACGAUGAAGAUGAGGAAGACGAUAAGCCAGAAAAGAAAUCAUUGGCAGAUGCCACAGCUCCUGCAGACGCUGAAAAGGGUAUCCCUGAAUUCUGGUUGACAGCAUUGAAGAACCAUGUCGCACUUUCUGAAUUGAUCACAGAGCGUGAUGAAGAAGCAUUACGAUCAUUGGUGGACAUUCGUAUGUCAUAUUUGCCUGGAUCUCAGGCUGGUUUCAAGCUUGAGUUCGAAUUUGACCCUUCUCAAAAUGCAUUCUUUACCAACAAAACUUUGACAAAGACAUACUACUACCAAGAUGAAGUUGGUUUCUCUGGCGAUUUGGUGUACGAUCACGCUGAAGGAGACAAGAUCGACUGGAAGGAAGACAAGGAUUUGACACACAAGAUCGAAACAAAGAAACAACGUAACAAGAACACAAAUCAAACCAGAACAGUCAAGAGAUCUGUUCCCGUUGAAUCUUUCUUCAACUUCUUCUCUCCACCAAAGCCACCAAAGAAUGGUGAAAAUGAAGACACUGACUUUGACGAAUUGGAUGAACGAUUGGAAUUGGACUACCAAAUCGGAGAAGACUUGAAGGAUCGCAUCAUUCCUCAUUCGAUUCUUUACUUCACCGGCGAAGCAACAGCAUACGAAAUGGAUGAUGAUGACUUUGAAGAUGAAUUCGAUGAUGAAGAAGAUGAAGAUGAGGAGGAUGACGAAGAUGGACCUGCUCGUCCUGCCAAUAUGGCCGUCAGCGCAGGAUCUCAAGCUGAGAAUCAAGAAUGCAAACAACAAUAAAUAAUUCGUGUCUCUUUCUUUGUUGUUUAGGCAAAUUAGAAGUAACCAUUUGAUCUCUAUGUGAAAUUUUGAACUCAAACCCCCCAAACGAUGAUAAACAAAAAGACAAACCCGUGUAAAAUUUUAUUCGAUCCGUUCAGCUCUUUUCUUUUUGGCAAUCUUAUUCUCCUUUCUCUCUUUCUCUUUGUUGACGUGAUCUUUUCACUCCCUUGCUUUCUAUACGUGUGUUUUGUCUUUUUCCCUUCCCUCAAAUUCAAUAAAACAAUAUUAACGACAAGAUGAUAUACACAAUGUGUCUAGAAGUAGCUUUCAAACAUCAUGCGAAGAGAAGAAAUAAAUAUAGCCGUUACCGCUUG